ACCAAUGUAGGUGCGUCAGUAGUAAUGAUUUUAUGUGCAUGUAUUAUCAAUAAAUAUUAUAUGUAUUAUCAUCACUUCAUAGUCGUCUCUUGGCAGUGCCUACUCAAGCAAUAGCAAGUGAAGCUGUAACGAAUUGAAUAACUUACGAUUACAAUAUACUACACCCUAAGUAAUAGUAAAGUGCAGAUCCGGCAUAUCGAGAUGUUGCUUGUCGUUCUCCGUUCUGUAGUAUAAAGUAUACCAAUCACACAUCUAGACCGCAUCGGCGUAUAGAAUUUUGGGUAUCAACACUAGCCCUAGCCGAUCGAAUGUGAUCGUACAGGAUGCACUGAUGAAGGAAUUGGCACGCCGCGGCCAUCACGUUACAAUGGUGAGCCCUUACCAAGAACCAGAGCAGGUGCCAAACUAUCGCAAGAUUACGAUUCCUUUCGAUCCUUGGGUGUUAGAUUUCACCAAAACCAUCUUCAAAAACGCCAACUCCGGUUGGGCGAUGAUACAGCUUUUGCCGAAGCUGCUACAACAGAAUACCGUUCCGAUUUAUAAAACGCUUCGAUCACAAGAAGUCCAGAGUAUUAUCGAAGAACCAGAGGGUUAUGAUCUACUAAUAACCGGCAUUAUGAAUGAUGCAGUGUUCGGUAUAAGUCACAUACUAAAGUGUCCUGUGAUAAUCGUUUGCUCUAACGCACCGAUGGUGGUUGUAAAUUCAAUGGUCGGAAAUCCUACGCCGAUCUCCACCAUCCCGAACAUGAUGCUGGGUCUAACGAACCCAAUGUCAUUCGGACAAAGGGUAGUGAAUUUAGUUGGAUUUUUUUUUGAAGAAGCUUUUAUUAUCAUGUGGAAGUACUAUCAGCGUAAAGCUUACGAAGAGCUUUUCCCACCAGAUCAGUUCCCUGCGUACGAUGAGCUCCGGAGCAAUGUUUCGCUCGUGUUUGUGAAUCACCAUUUUACGAAAGGAUCACCCCGACCGUAUGUGCCAACGAUGGUGGAGGUGGGUGGCUUACAGAUAAAGGACAAGCCAUCGCCACUACCCGGAGACAUCCGCCAGUGGAUUGAUGGAGCAGAGGAAGGUGUCAUCCUGUUUAGUCUCGGAACCAAUCUACUGAGCUCCUCAAUACCGCCGGAAUUUGUGAGUGCCAUUCUGGAAACGUUCCGCAAUAUCAAACAGCGCGUUAUCUGGAAGUGGGACACGCAAGAUAUGCCCAACAAGCCGGCUAACGUGAUGCUGGUAGACUGGCUGCCACAGGACGAUAUUCUUGCGCACCCGAAUGUGCGACUGUUCAUCAUGCACGGUGGGCUGGGCGGUAUCGCUGAGGCGUUGUUCCACGGUGUACCGAUAGUUGGUAUUCCGAUGUUUGGAGAUCAACCCGUGAACCUAGCGCAAGUGGAGAAAGAAGGCUGGGCCUAUGUGCUGCAGUAUACCGAGCUCACUGUGGAGACGUUCUCAAAAGCGAUCAACGAAGUACUGCACGAUCCUCGCUAUCGGGAGAAUGUGAAAAGACUGUCACAGUUGUUCCGAGACCGACCAGAAAGUGCCAUGGAUACUGCCAUCUACUGGACGGAGUACGUCAUACGCCAUAAGGGAGCACGCCAUUUGAGGUAUCCUGGUGCGGAUAUGAGCUUCAUGCAACGCCACUCGUUAGAUGUGAUGGGUUUCGUAGCUUUUAUGACGUUUGUUAUCUUCAAGGCAAUAUCUCUCAGCUGUAGAUGGUGUUGUAGAAGAAGUGUGGCCAAGUUAAAAACGCAGUAGUCUGCUCUUGCUUAUGAUCUUGAUCCAAGCUGUCCAAAAAAGUAGUUUGCCCUAAACGAUGCCAUUAGAGCCAUUAUGAACUUCUUCAAAAUUAUUUAGACAGAAUUUGAGAGACAAUACUGUUCCACUCAUAAAGAAAAGGCUCUUCUUUCACGUCUCAUUUUUUAUUUGAACUAUAUUGAACCCAAUAUUUGACCUUCACAUCUUCACAUACUAGUAUGAACGGAUUGUAUUUUUUUUCAAGUAUUUAUGAGUUUGCAUAAAUGUUUCUUCCACGCGCAAAAAAAAAAUCCCCCUUCUCUCAUCUGCUCUCCCACGAUCAGCUGUUCUGACUGAGAGCAAUCAGUUAACCUCCGAGACAUUGCGAUUAGAUAGCACGCACACAACGCUCAAGCUACCGAUAACAUUAAUCGACACAGUUUCUUGUUGUAUUACAAUCGCCUAGACAGAAAAUGACGUGCAAGUCAUCACUCCACACACAGUCAGCGCUUGGCAGUGCUUAGUGUAGCCGUAGCAAGUUCAGCUGUAGCGAAUUGAAUAAAUUACGCUUACAUAAAAUACA